AUGGAGAUGACAAUGUUUAUUCCACUGCUGCUGCUGAUCUGCUCUUUCUCCACGGCUCAGCUUCAAGAGGAGCCUGACAAUGAAAUUAUUCCACAUGGAAACCAGACUGAAUCCAGAGGAGGAGAACCAGCAAAUGCCUCUCAUCAACAACCAGCCUGUCCACAAGACAUUCAUGCUGUGCUGAGAGAAAUGACUGCCUUGUUGACUGAACAGAGGGUGGAGAUGAGGCAGCUACAGAAAGAUAAUGAAGCACAUACAGCUGAACUGAUCACCAUUCAAGCCAGGACACAUGUCACAGAAAACCAUGUGGAGAUUCUGAAGAGAGAUGGAAAAGCCAAACAGGUGGCUUUCUCUGCCUCUCUGUUGGCUUCAGGCUCAGGAUAUGUCGGACCGUUUAACACACACACUCUUCUGGUCUUCAGACACGUCGUCACAAACAUUGGAAACGCCUACAACCCAAACACAGGGUUUUUCAUUGCACCAGUGAGAGGAGCCUACCACUUUGAGUUCUACAUAGGUGCAGGUGGACAUAAUUCACAUGGUUCAUGUGCUUGGUUGGUCAAGAAUGGAGAGCAUAUUAUUAUUGUAUGGGAACAUCAAACUAACGGUUAUGGGAGUUCUGCCAAUGGUGCCACACUGCUUCUAGAGGUUGGAGAUGUUGUGUUUUUGCGUCUGUGGCAAAACACAAGGAUAUAUGAUGAUGAAAAUCACUACAGCACCUUCAGUGGUCAUCUGCUUUUCACCAUGUGAGAAAGAAACAGUAAUUUUUCUUCACACACUGUAGCAGUGUACCAGUCUUUGUUGAUAGAAGCUGUUAUAAUAAGAAGAGAUUUGUGAAUUUUUCAUCUGCUUCUGGAUUUGGAUCAAAAUAUACAAUGUUAUACGGUGAUGAGCCAGAUUUUUUUCAUUUGAUUAAAGAAGUUCAGUGAUACAUGAGAAAUCGUGAUACUGAUCAGAUAUCCCUUAUUUCACAAUGUUAAUAAAUAAUAGAAUAAUUGUGUAUCUUCAGCUGGAUUCACAUCAGUGACACCACUGUUAUUCCUCUUUGUUCUUUGCUCCAUCUCACCUUUACUGUCUGAUUUCUUUACACCAUGUUUUACUUUGUUCUAUAGAAAUGUAGAUGCUCAUGUUGAUGUGAAAGGAAAAUUCCCUCUGUAC